AUGCCCUUGAUCCCCCGCAAGGCAGCGUUCACUGCCGCCAGGCGAUUCUACUCGGCCUCUCCCAUCUCCGCCCCAGCCUCAGGCCUCCGCAUCAACGCCGACAGACUCCAGGAGACAAUCCAUCACACGUGCCAAUGGGGAGCCGCUCAUCGCUAUGGAAGCGGGCCAACGGAGACGGGCAUGUCGCGGCUUUCGCUCACCGACGAUGAUGCCCAGGCGAGGCGCUGGUUCGCCGAGGAAACGCAGAAGCUGGGCUGCAGCUUGGUCGUGGAUCAGCUUGGCAACAUGUUCGCCAGCAGACGAGGAGCCACUUCCAACCCAACUCCCAUGAUUGCCAUGGGAAGCCACCUCGAUACUCAGCCUCGAGGUGGCCGGUACGACGGUAUCCUGGGCGUUGUCGCCGCCGUUGAGGUGUUGCGGACGUUUGAGGAGAAUGGAUACCAGACCCAUCACGACGUCGGAGUCGUCAAUUGGACAAACGAAGAAGGUGCUAGGUUUCCCAAGUCGAUGAUGGCUUCUGGUGUCUGGGCCGGCAAGAUCCCCCUCGAACAAGCCUACUCCCUCGCCGACAUCUUCGAUCCCUCCGUAACGGUCAAGUCGGAGCUGCAGAGGCUGGGCUACAUCGGAGACGUCGCGUGCUCCUCAGCCGGAUAUCCGCUGGGCGCCCACUUUGAAUUGCACAUUGAACAGGGCCCCAUCCUUCAAGACGCCGGCAAGAAGAUUGGCGUCGUCCAGGGCGGCCAGGCAUACCGCUGGUUCACCGUCACCGUCGACGGCCGCGAUGCUCACACGGGCACGACGCCUCUAAAGUCUCGCAGCGACCCCCUGUUGGCAGCCUCCAAGAUGAUCGUCGCCUCCAACUCCAUUGCAAAGUCCCUCGGCGCGCUGGCGUCUACUGGCGUCUUCAAGAUCCCUCCGAGUUCUUCCACCAACACAAUCACAUCCCGUGUGACAUUUACCCUCGACAUUCGCCACCCUGACGACGCAGUGGUUGACCAAGUGCAGAGCCUCUGCUUUGAGGCCUUCAAAGACAUUGCCAAACAAGACGGCCGUGGCGUCCAAGUCAACUGGACCCUGGACACGGACUCUCCAGCCACUAAAUUUGACCCGGACUGCAUCAAGAUGGUCGAGAAGGCUGCAACGGACCUAGUGGGAUCUGACGGCUGGCUGCACAUCACCAGCGGAGCCGGCCACGACAGCGUCAACACCAGCGCCCGAUGCCCCACGACGAUGAUCUUUGUCCCCUGCAAAGACGGCGUUAGCCACCAUCCCGAAGAGUACUGCAGCCCGGAGGAUUGCGCACUUGGAGCCCAGGCUCUUCUCGAAUCAGUGGUGAAUUACGACAGGCUCAAGGCUGGGCAGUGA